UGUUUAUAGACGGCGCUGACAUAGGAAGUGAGCAAAGGAAAACAUAAAUUUGCAUCCACAACACGAAUUAUCAAUGAUGUAACCCAACUGAUCGGUGGAGAUGAGUUUCAUGCAGAGGUUGUUGGGGGGUCGGAGUGCAAGUGCUGCCAAUGUAGACUCUUCCCCCAAACCCCAGGACACCAGUCUAGGUCUUAUGCAUCUCAAAAAACUAUUUACGGACUUCAAGCAACCUUCUUCAGACUUUACACAGAAAGAUCAGGAGGACAAGCUCUAUAAGAUGUUACCUAUAUUCUGCAAGAUAUUUGGCAAUGUUCCUGCAAGUGCCAUGCCAGAGAAGUUCAGUGACAUCCUGCAGUUUUGUUCCCAUGUGUCAAAGUUAAUGGUGACCGAGGUGAGACGACGAGCAUCCAACCAGUCCACAGAGGCUGCCAGUUGCGCAAUAGUGAAGUUCCUGGAAAUAGAAUCCACUGAGGAGUCCAGUGCAGGCUGGAUGUUGCUGAGCUCCCUGAACCUCCUGUCGCUUGGCAACCAGGCCCUGAUAGACUGCAUGACAGCUGCCUCACUCCCCUCCACCCUCGUCAAGUGUCUCUAUCUGUUCUUUGAUCUGCCUGAUCUGGCCAAUCCUGAUGUGCUUCAGGCUGGCUGCGAAUUCACCCCACGUGAACGACGAGUGUUGCUUCAAAAAGUCUUUGUGCAGGUUCUAGUUCGGCUGUGUAACCACAUAUCACCGGCUGAAGAGCUAGCGCGCAAGGAUGAUCUAGGCCUUCUGUUCAGUGCAAUAACCAGCUGGUGCCCUUCUCACAAUGUCAACUGGAGGAAGAGUUCGGGGGAGGUGCUAGUCACCCUGUCUCGACACGGCCUCACGCAGACUGUCACCAAGUACAUACAUGACAAGGGUUGUGUUCGUCACUGCGUUGAGAACAUGCAGCGUGCCCAGGACCUGUCCCCCCUGGACCUAGUGGAGAUGUUUGUCACUGUGUUCUGCUUCCUCAAGGACUCCAGUGAGGUCUCACACAUCCUCCUGGACGACUUCAAGUCAUGCCAAGGAUACACCUACCUCACAGAUUUCAUACUCAGACUGGAGGGAGAUGAGAGUGAGGAGGCAGUACAGGCAUUGAGGAACCUGGUGCUGCUGGUUGGCUCUCUCACCACCUGCGGCUUUACUGAGAUCAAACCCAGCACCGCCAGCACCGGAUCUAUAUAUCAGAUACCAGGCUUUGCACUUCCGGCCCCAGUUGGUAAAGAGGUUGUACAUGUGAAUGCUAGUCCAAGUUCCAGUGUCAGCGUGAGAAAUCUGCAGGCUUUCCAAGUUCUACAAAGUGUGUUCUUAAAGGCGCAGUCUAGUCAUCUAUGUAACACAGUCCUGGAUGUGAUCAACAGCAUCUACCACCAGGACAGUGCCAACUACUUCAUCCUUGUUCCACAAAACACACUGUCUCAGUUUGCAGAGAAAGUGCACACCAAGUCCAGAGAUGUUCAGGAGAAGUUUUUCGAGCUGCUUGAGUUUAUCGUGUUUGAUCUGAGUUUUGUUCCCUGCAAGGAACUGAUAAGCCUGAGCCUGGUCCUGAAAACACAGCAUUCUGUGGAAAACAGCAUGCUGAUCAUUCAGAGCCUCCAGAAGAUUGUUCAGUACCACACUGUGUUCAAGGACGUGUAUCGGGAGGUGGGAAUUCUGGAGGUGCUUGUUACCUGUCUGCACCGCUUUGCUGCCCUCCUCAAGGAUCCCCAGGCUGAUGGAGACACGACCAGGAUGAGCAAGGAGCAGAGAGACCUGGGCUAUCUUGUCAUGGAGGUGCUCACCAUGCUGCUAAGCAACAGCAACCAGAACACAAGUGUGUUUCGUGAGUGUGGUGGUGCACGUUGUUCCCACAACAUGGUGCCCUUCCUGGAGUGUCGCCCCCAGGCCCUGGGUAUUGUACAACAGCUGAUUCUCUCCCCGGGCGGUGACGACGACAUGGGCACCCUCCUGGGCCUCAUGAAUACAACCGAGGUCACAGAUCUAGAACUGAAGACCGCAAUACUCAAGUCCCUGUUGAACGUGCUGGGUGAAAGUCACCGCACACGUACUGUGUUCAGGAAGGUUGGAGGCUUUGUGUAUGUGAUGUCCCUGCUAGUCAGCAUGGAGGGGUGCCUUGCAGACCCACCAAACCAACCCUGGGACAAAGUGAGUCGUUCAGAUGUGCUUCUGAUGCUGAAGACCGUGUUUAACACUCUGACUGUAGCCAUGAGAUACGAGCCAGCUAAUGCCAAGUUCUUUGCCUCAGAUGUACGCUACAACAGCUUGACAGAGGCUGUAAGACUGCUAGGGUGCUUUUCCAACACUAACGACAUUCCCCCUGAUGAUGUUGAAGACUCAGCGACAUCAACCACUGACCAUGUGUUCGAGGAAAUUUUUCAGAAACAUCAGGAAACAAAACACAAAGAAAACAUUCCACUGGUACUGGUAUCUGCAUGUCAAAUGGUCCGUUACCUCUACGACAUGGCUCUCGAUGCAUUCGACCGUCCAUACACAAUAGUCAGCUAUAGGUCCAUUGAUUCCCCCUCCAUGAAACGACCUGCCCCCUCCCCUUCAUCAUCUAUGACAUCUACUUUAUCUACGUCAUCCACCUCAUCACCCAGGCCCAAGCGGGCCAGUACCGGCUCUCUGACUCUGCCACUGAAUACAAGCCAUCCGGAGCAUAUCAUCCAUUCUGGGGCCAUCAUGUCUAUUUUCCACCUGUUGCCGGCUGUGAACAGCAGUAAUACUGCUUUGUCCAGAGAUCUACAAGUCUUUAUCGCUGGUUUGUUAAAGAAUCUGUUGCGCAAGGAGCACAACCAGCAGGUGAUGUGUGACGCUGGUUUCCCGCACGAGCUGCUGGUGCAUGGUAACAUCUCUCUGGCUGACGAGACCCACACCAUGCACCCACUCCUCCAGUAUAUGUUAGAACGCCUGGCAUCACAGUCACUCACGCCAAGGGACCUCAGGGACUUCCUGAGGCUUGGUUUCCCACUAAACUGCAGACCGGCUGAUGAAGACAUUGCAUUUGAUGAGAGAAGCAGGACCAGCUGGCCCCUGUCUCGUCACUCCAGUGUGGAUGAGAAACGACCACCAUUGGAGCUGGAGAGAAAACUCAAAACUGCAGGUUGUCCUGUACCGUUGACCCGAGUCAAGUGUCUGGUGUCCAUGACAACCCCCAAGGAUGCAAGAUUGCAUGGUUCCAGCCUUAUUCCAGCAUUUGUAGAGUUCCACAUGAAUGCAGAGGGUUUUGGCUGCCUGUAUCUGCCCAGUAUAGCCCCCCAGGGACCACCAACCCCCAGUGUUGUGAGCGGAGUGGUGGGUGUCACUGAUCCCUCCGUUAUAGGAGGUAUUGGAACAGGAGAGCGAGUGUUUCCACCGCAGUCAGGCCUGACAUUCUCCACUUGGUUCUGUGUGGAUAAGUUCAGUGUAAGCAGUAUAGACCCCCACCCUGUGCGUCUCCUGACCAUCGUGCGUAACCUGCAGGGCCGGGAGGAGAACCUGAUAUGCCUCUCCAUCACCCUCUCCCCCCGCGACAGGGGCCUCUAUGUUGGCACACAGGAGAUACUCAUGCCAAGUGCUGCGCCCCCAGAUGAUGCUGCUGAGCCAAAGCUGAACGACAACCUUGUGAAGUUCUCUCACCCUGAUCUGGACUUGGAGGGUCAGUGGAACCACCUGGUGCUUGUGUUCAACCGUGCUGGCAUCAUGAAGAACAGCAGCGUUACCCUGUACCUGGAUGGAGAAGUUAUCAGCAUGCAGAAAUUACACUACAUCUCACCCAACCUGGGUGUGGGUGGCUCAGCCAGCCCAACAGCAUUCACCUCCGUGUUCGCCUACAUGGGCACCCCGCCCCAGCUGAGGAGGCAGUCGAGGUUGACAUGGCGACAAGGCCCCGCCCACCUCCUGGAGGAUGUCAUCUCCGCUGCAACCGUGAAGAACAUCUACACACUAGGACCCACAUAUAUUGGCAGUUUCCAGUCUCCGUAUCUGGAGGAUCGUGAGGUUCAGGGCCCGUUUGUAGCUGAGGAGAAGGUGAUGUUUGGCAUCCAUGCCCACGCUAUGUCCCAGCUCACUGUGGCCAAGAUGAGGAAGAUUUACAACAAAGUGGACAGCAAGUCCAUCGCCAAACAGCUGGUAAUGUCCAGCCAUGAGAAUGCCACUCCGAUUCGCAUCAUACACAACUCUGCGGGCCAUCUUGGUGGAUAUGCACGCUGUCUUGGGGCCAUUGUCAUGGGCUAUCUAGGUGUCCGCACAUUCUGUCCUAUGCCUGUUGCCAAGAUCUUACAGAAUGUGGGGGGAACCACUACUUUGCUAGGCCUGGUGGCUUUGGCAACAGAUGUAGAAGGCCUGUAUGCUGCAGUAAAGGCCUUGGUGUGUGUGGUCAAAAGCAACAGUCAGGCACAACAUGACUUAGACCGAAUAAGAGGUUACCAGAUUCUGGCGAUGCUUUACAAGAAGAAGCAGACUCUGUUGAACAGCCACAUUCUGCACCUGACCUUCUCCCUGGUGGGCACAGUGGACAGCGGCAAGGAGACCUCCAUCAUACCCAACAAGAGGGCAUUCGAGGACUUACUGUGUGACCUUGAGGUAUGGCAUGAUGCCCCAGGUGAUCUGCAGAGAUCCCUCUAUGAACAUUUCUAUGAGCUGCUCACAGACUCAAGUGAACAGGCCAACAACCUUCGUCUAAUGAGAGAGAUUGGCCUGUCUGGGAGACUUCUGCUGGUGAUGCGUGAUCCUAGACUGCAUUUUGUGACCCUGGAAACCAUGGCAACUGUAGUGGGACUCCUGCUGGAGGGCCAUCCUGACCCACAGGCUCUACUUAAACUUGGCCAGUUCCUGAUCUACACAAUACCCGAAUCCCACUCUGAGAAACUGCUGGUAGUGGAGAACCCUGCCUCACCCAGUGGCAACUACAUCAUUGUUGAAGCUGAUUAUCCUGGAGGCCCAUCAAUCCACAAGGUGCGGCUACGUAACAUUCUCCUGGAGGUGGUGUGUAGACUCCUGGCCCAGCCCUCUAAUGGCAGCAGCCAGCCAGGCAAUAGUUUCAGUGAGGACUUGCAGAGAGUUCUGGGCUUUGAUUGGCUGCUGAUGUUCCUAUCCGGGCACAUCCACUCAACCACUGUGAUCCGGGCGUUAAAGAUCCUGCUGGUGAUGUUCCGGAACCCUGUAACAUGUGCUCGGUUCCGGGAAGGUGUCAUGGGAGGCGGCUGGCUCAAAGAUACCGAGAGGAUACUCAAGCAGCAGUACGAGUCCAACGUGUUAGGUUUCAAUGUGCACUCUGGUCACCAUGGUGAGACAAGGGAGAUCAACUCUGACAUCUGUCACGUGCCUGGCUUCACUGUACUGGGCUGGCUGCUCCCCAAACACAACAUGGUGCCCGAGGUCUACCUGCUCCUGAUGGCUAUGCUGCUGGGGCAACAGGUCAACAACAUUCCACAGGACAUACAGUUGAACCUGGACUCUAUCUGGAUGGUGCUAUUUGGGUCUCCUAUGGGCAAGCCUGCUGUGAGCCUGACCAGCAAUAAGGACAUUCAGCUGUGCCCAGACGCAGCCAUCCUGCUCCUCACCAUGGUCCGCAGCAUGCUCAAUCCUAUGAUAGAGUUUGAGAGGGACAGUGCGCUACACGACUACCCGCUCACUCUGAUCCAGUUCCUGCUGGUUCUCUACCACAACCUGUCAGACUUCAUCCAGCUGUCUGUGCAGCCUGACUUCAUAGCUGCACUGGCCGCCACACUGAUCCCGUACUUUUCACCGGACUCUGAGGACUGUGUCACCACACCUGAGGAGGAGUUUAAGCCCUUCCCAGAUAGUGACCCGGUAGUGUAUGUGCGUUCACCCAAUAGAGAUAAAUCAGGCUUCCUGACGCUGCAUCCUGCGCGCAAGUAUGUGAUAGAAUUCCUGCGUACCAUCGUGCUGGACAGCAUGGCCCAGCCUGUGGCCGCCAAGUCUGCAGCAGUCAUUGACAUCAUGCUUGAGGCGAUUCCAGAGCAUGCAACCCGCGCCCAGCACAAGGAGUACCAGACUCAGAUCCUGCGUACAGUGAUGGACCACUUGGUUGCCGUGGAUGUGCUGCUAGGCGACCAGACCUCACUUCCUCUCAUGGCUGGGGGCAGUCACUCCAACAUGAAUGCCAAUGUGUUCUACUUCACAUCGAGGGUUGUGGAUAAAUUGGUGCAAGGCAGCUACACACGGGAAUCCAAGGAAGUGUUUGACUUCAUAAGCAAGCUCAUCUCUCAGAGCAAGAGAAAAACAUCAGGUAUAUCAGUGGACUCCAUCUACAAGUCUCUGAACCGCGUGGUGCUGUUCCAGCUGUCUCGGCAGGUGGACACAGUGGUGGGGCAGACCCAGGUCCUGGACGCACUCCACAAGAUCACCAACAACCGGGCACUCGUGUUGGGACCUGGCAAUACCGACGGGGAGUUCCUGGGAUGCCUCUGCUACUGCCUCCUUAAUCUCACUGAGGACACAGCCAAUAGGUCAACUCCUGGUGGAAGUUACAUCAACUUGAGUGAGGAGAACCCUAUCCAGACCACAUGGCACCUGAGCCUGUGUGAGAACCCUGGCCUCAGUGGCCCCUCCCAGAGUCCUAGGGGCUCCCCCAGCCGCUCCCGUACAGAGGAACAGGGGCUCUCACUGGUUGCCAAGGCAGCCAAGAGGGUGUGGGAGGAGCUCUAUGUACACAAGAAACCUGCACUGGAGGAGGUAUUCCGCACCCAGAUCAACAGGGAUCUAGCCAAGACAGAGGACUACACUGUGCCAGACCUGUACACCAUCAGACCAGUGAUUCAAGAGGCGGCAUCUCGUAUCUGGGUGACGUAUGCUGAGAACGAAAGAAAGGGUCUGUACACAGUCACUGAAAAAAUACCACAGAUCAAGACGAUCCAGAUGGUGGGCAGUAGGAUGUUGAGUCUGGCCCGUGGGAAGUCCAAGAGGGACCUUCCACUGAAGGCCUCCCCCUCCACCAACACACACCCACAUGAGUACAUGAUGAGCUCCCUGGACCACAUGCUGCUCGUGAAGGACCUGGUGGAGAUACAGCACCAGCAGCACACACAGAAUGCAGAGUUCACCGAGCGCUACAUGGGCGAGACCUGGGAACACAUCGAGCAGGAACUCCUCAGAGAACGGGGGCUCUGGGGACCUAUGGUCGGCUCCCGGCUCGAUAAGUGGAUGCUGGACAUGACUGAAGGUCCAUUCCGGAUGAGGAAGAAGAUGGUGAAGAAUGAUAUGUUCUAUGUUCACUAUCCAUACAGACCCGACAUGGAAGACAGCCCGCUGAGAUACAAGAUCCCUGUGAGCAAUGACAGCAAAGCUUACUACCUGCAGUUCCGUAGCCAGACACUGCUCGGAGAGUCGGCCCCACCCAUCAAGCUGGGAACCGAUGUGCUGCCUGCCAUAGAAGCAGACUUGGAGGAACGCUCACCCGAAGAUAUCAUGAAGAUCCCCAAACUACUGCCUAAGAAGUUGUCAGAUGGCAGCAAGCCACAGGAGAGCAAUGAUGAUGAUGAGGAUGUUGACAUGGAGAGGGUGGACCAGUCUGAAGGAGUCAACAACACAGAGAACCCCGAGACACAGACAGAGGCAGUACAGGAGACAGGCCAGAAGAAGGGGGAUAACCAGGCCAUACUGAGACAACUCGGAGAUGGCGAAAAGAUCUCCCACAUGUUCCGGUGUGCACGCAUUCAGGGUUUGGAGACUGCUGAGGGACUGCUGCUGUUUGGCCGUGAACAUUUCCACAUCAUUGAUGGGCUCACACUCCUGGCUACCAGGGAGAUCAAGGACAUCGACAGUCUGCCUUCUGAACUGCAUGAUCCAAUCAUACCUAGGACUACUCGAGAUCCAAAGCAGAAAAAACAGUAUAACCGGUUUGCGUAUGAAGACAUUCGCGAGGUGCACAAGAGACGCUACCUGCUCCAGCCUAUUGCUAUUGAGGUGUUCUCUUCAGAUGGCCGAAACUACCUACUGUCCUUCCCUAAGAAAAUGAGGAACAAAGUCUAUGCCAAGUUUUUCAGUGUGGCAACCUCAAUCACUGACAAUGCUCAGCUCUCUGUGUCUGGCAUGAGACAGAAUGCCAAGAUAGAGGCAGGGACUGGUCUGAUCAGCAGUUUAAUAGGAGAGAAGUCAGUGACACAGAGGUGGGAGAGAGGAGAGAUCAACAACUUUCAGUACCUGAUGCAUCUGAACACCCUGGCUGGCCGCUCAUACAAUGACCUCAUGCAGUACCCUGUGUUUCCAUGGAUACUCGCUGACUAUGAUUCAGAGGAGCUAGAUCUCAGCAAGGGGGAUACAUUCCGUGACCUGUCCAAGCCCAUGGGCGCUCAGACACCUGAUAGAUUGAAACACUUCAAGAAGAGGUUCCAAGACUGGGAUGACCCACAAGGUGAGACGCCACCAUACCACUAUGGGACCCACUACUCCUCAGCCAUGAUUGUGGCCUCCUACCUGGUCAGACUGGAACCCUUUACUCAGACAUUCCUUAAUCUGCAGGGCGGCCAUUUUGACCUUGCAGACCGUAUGUUCCACAGUGUGAAGGAAAACUGGCUGUCAGCCUCUAAGAACAACAUGGCUGAUGUGAAGGAAUUAAUACCAGAGUUCUUCUACUUGCCCGAGUUGUUACUCAAUUCCAAUAGUUUUGAUUUAGGUAGCAAGCAGAGUGGUGUGCAGCUGGAUGAUGUGGUGUUACCUCCCUGGGCCAAGGGAGACCCGCGGGAAUUUAUCAGGGCCCACAGAGAGGCCCUGGAGUCAGACUAUGUGAGCGCCCACCUACAUGAGUGGAUAGACCUGAUCUUUGGCUACAAGCAGCAGGGGCAGGCCGCUGUGGAAGCCGUCAAUGUGUUCCACCACCUCUUCUAUGAGGGAAACGUUGACAUCGACAGCAUUGAUGACCCCCUCAAGAAAAACGCUACUAUAGGCUUCAUCAACAACUUCGGGCAGAUUCCUAAGCAGUUGUUCAGACGUGCCCACCCCCAGAAAAAAUUGAGUGUUCGAGGACUGGAACUGUCCACAUCACUUGCUGACAGGCUUUUCUUUCACAACGUGGACAACUUGAAACCCAACAUGCAGAAGGUCAAAGAGCUGAAAACAGCGGUAGGUCAGAUCCUGCAUGGAGAGCGUGCAGUGCUGGCAGUGGAGCAGAACAAGGUGCUCAUACCGACCACCUACAGCAAGUACCUCGCCUGGGGAUACUCGGACCUCUCAGUGCGCAUUGGAAACUAUGAGUCUGAGAAGGCUACCUCUAUCUAUGAAGGGUUAGACAAUGGAGAAAUACUAUGUGCUGUCUGUCCUAACUCCAAAGUGUUCAUUACUGGGGGAACAAGCUGUGUUGUCAAUGUAUGGGAACAGAAUCUGAAGGAGAAGCGUGUCAAUCUCAAGCAGCCACUGUAUGGGCACACGGAGCCAGUCACAUGUGUGGCUGUAUCUCCGGGGUACAACUUCAUUGUGAGUGGCUCCCGGGACCGGACCUGCAUCAUCUGGGACCUCAGUAAGCUGACGUAUGUACGACAGCUGAGGGGACACACUGCACCCGUGGCUGCAGUCACAAUCAAUGAGCUCACGGGUGACAUAGCCUCCUGUGCAGGGACCUACCUGCAUGUGUGGUCUAUCAACGGGGAUGAGAUUGCCUGUGUGAACACUGCUUCAGUGCGCCUUCACCAGAUACUGUGUGUGGCCAUGUCUCAGAUGAUGGAGUGGGACAGUGCCAACGUCAUUCUCACAGGCAGUUCAGAUGGAGUUGUCAGGAUGUGGAGCAUAGACUACGUGCAAGUACCUGAUCAAACAAGGAUUGUGGUGCCCAGCACAGAAAAGUCCACGACCUCAACUUCAAAGGUCACCGUCAGCAGUGGUAAAGAUAUCACACACAGUCAGUCUGACGUGCCACAUCCACGGCAACGGAGCAUGUCAUGUGACAGUUACGAUGAAGGUAAUGAGAUGAUUGUGAGCCGACUGAAAAGUGAGUUCAAAGAUCCUAACUUAUUGACUGCAAAGUACCAGGAACUUGGUUCAUCAGUAGAUAGUAACAGUCACUACAUGUCCAAAGUGUUUGAGAAGUUGGAAGGCGUGGAUAAGACAGGCCGGGACUCAAUCAGUGCAAUAGCUAGUGAGGGGGAGGAGGAAGAGGGUGAGCACAGGGGAGGCAACCUCAGCAGGGGGAGCAGUGUCAGUGACCUGGGAGGGGAGGCAGUGGAGGAUGCAGGCAGCGGGGACGGAGAGGUGGCCAGUGUCAUCUCCGUGGAGACUGGCUCCCUGGCGUCAGCUGCAGAGGCCUUGGAGGAAGCUAUAGGGGAGACACCUAGCGUAUCAGGAAGUCAGAGCCAAGCUGAGGUGAAGUCUGACCCAGAUCACGAUGCCAAGCGAUCCAUUUCCUCAGAUUUUGAAGUGAUCACAGACUGUGAGGUGAAAACAGCAGAUGAUAUAGUGCGCAAAUAUAAAAAGAGGACAAAGAAUACCCUGCGAGAAGGUUUCAAGUGGCAGAGACAGCUGGUGUUCCGUAGCAAGCUGACUAUGCACACGGCCUUUGAGAGGAAGGACAACAAGGAUCCUGCCGCUGUCACGGCUGUAGCUAUAGCAAGAGACCACAAGACAGUGUAUGUUGGGGAUGCGCGAGGCCGUAUCUUCAGUUGGACGGUCACUGACCAGCCAGGAAGAGUCGUAGCUGACCACUGGCUCAAGGAUGACGGAGCAGAGACAUGUCUGCAGUGCGGAGUACGCUUCUCAUUCUCAGAGAGGAAGCAUCACUGCCGGAACUGUGGACAGGUCUUCUGUUCAAAGUGCAGUCGGUAUGAAACAGAGAUCCGACGUCUGCGUAUCCGCAAGCCAGUGCGAGUGUGUCUGCCCUGCUAUAACAUGAUCAAAACCCAGCAUGCUAUCAAUGCAGACAGCAAGAGAUGGCCAGUGCAAUCAUGAUAACAAUCAUACAGGUUGUGUGUGGAGAAUGGACUGAUGCAGAUCUGUUAAUGUCUCACAGGUUGUCAGAGUGUACUGGAUAGGGAUGUACCAUAGUUAUAGAGCUGUAGUAGUGAAUAUAAGAAAGACUCAAACAUCCCAACGAGGUAUAAUAACAUGGAAAGUCAGUGGCUUGAUAUGUGUCACUUUCUUGAUGUUUUUGUGUUUGAUAAAUGAACUAUAUACUCAUUUGUCAUCAAAUGCUCAUGCUAGCACUGCUUGACUCUGAAUAUUAUGUUGUUAAAAACACAUUUCAUUUAGUGUAAAUAUUAUGGCAAUUACAUCUCACCAUAGCAUAAUUUAAAAUUUUAAGAAAUAUUUAAUUAUGAAGCUUCCACUUUGAAGGACUGAAAAAGCCACAUUUGCAACUAAAAUUGGUUGAUCAGAUUUUUUUGUCUACAAACAUGUCCUAAAAAGUAAUCAGAUCUACUAUGGAAAAUUGUUGACAAGGAUUUGUAUCACUUUAAUUUCAGCUGCAGGUGAUCUGUGCGGGGGAGAUAUGUAUUUGUAGUUCAUAUUUUUAUAAUGCAACAAAUGCUAUAGUUGGCUGAAAAAAAAAGAGUUAAUGCCCUUUGUUGUUUUUGUAUGAUAUAACUUUUCAGGGCUAUACAUGUAUCUCAGAUAAGCUACAAGAUUUCAACAUGAAACUUCAUGGGUUUAUAGAUAUCAAUCAGGAGAAUUAUAAUGCAUACAAACUAUUACCCUACACUUCAUUAUUUUGUUUAAGGAUUAUACUGUGUAGUUGUAUACCAAGAGAUUAGAACCAAUUCAUCGAUACAAUUUAUUUGGCGGAAAUAUUGAUUCAAGGAAUUUGCUUGUUUCAUAAAUAUUUACUAGUCUUUUCUAUAUGUUUUUUACUCCAACACUGAAUUUUAUUAAUAUGCAGGUAAAGAAUAAGAUGAGUUGGCACUGUUUCUGCUUGUACAUCCCCGUCUCAAAUGUAGACACCUUUUAGGACCAUUGUGGAUAUGAGAUUUAAAUUGUUGAUAUUUUUCCUCUGAAACUAAGUAUGUUCUUAGGGUUUUCAGUCAUGAUCAGUGUAACAGAUAGCAUAUCAUCACCAUGCUUUUCCAUACUUUUACAAUCAUACCUUAUGCUUUGUUUGCUUAAUAUUGUAUUGGAGCAAAUUGGUUAUUUCAUAAUGGAAAUGCUUCAAUACUUUUCUCCACAACACAAAUUUUGGGCAAAUCACACAGCUAGGAAAGGGGGAAAUGUGAACAUGUUUAACAUGGUCAUGGCUUGUCUUAACUAUGCUACUUUAGUUAUAUGGUGCAGAAUGGGCUUUGAGUUUAUUGAGUCUUUCAAACUUUCAGAUUUUCUUCCUAUUCCAUGUUUAUUUGUUUUUGUUAAUGAUUUUGCUGAGUUUUACUCUAAAUCCUCUAGAUCUGUGAUGCAGAUUGUGAAACUUUUGUGUCUUGUUCUGUGAAAAUUGGGCAUAAUGCAUGUGCGUAAAGUGUCAUCCCAGAUUAGCCUGUGCAGUCCGCUAAUCUGGGACGACACUUUACGCUUUAAUUGUAUAUUUUAUGCUCCCCCUAAAAAAUUUGGGGGGAGCAUAUAGUCGCCGCUUUGUCUGUCCGUCCGUGUGUCUGUCCGUGCACAAUUUUUGUCCGGGCUAUUUCUCAGCAACUAAUGACCGGAAUUCAAUUAAACUUUAUGGGAAGCUUCACUACCAAGAGGAAAUGUGCAUAUUAUCAGCGGGUUCUGGUCGGAUAAUUUUUCACAGAGUUAUGGCCCUUUGAAAUUUUAUAUAAAAAAAUUCUUUUCCCCCAACUACUGUGCCCUCAAGACGUUUCCUUUUAUCUGAAUAUAUAGUGCAAUAUUGUGACAAAAAAAACCUUUGGGGAGCAUCACCGGUCUCCGAUGGUUUCUUGUCGUUUAAAGGAAGUCCCUUUUUACUGAAAUUCUAGUUUAAGUGGAAAGUGUCGUCCCUGAUUAGCCUGUGCAGACUGCACAGGCUAAUCUUGGACGACACUUUACGAACAUGCAUUAUGCCCAGUUUUCUCAGAACAAGACACAUUUGGACAUAGCGUAUGUCAAUGUAAUUGCUGUCCAAGUGCAAGUUGUAAUAUCUUUUGUCACUGUAGGUUAAUUUUAUAACAUUAGUUGAUCUUUUGACAGAUGUAAGCACAGUAUUUUAACAUUCCACACUUACUGCCAUAUAAUACACCAUUGAUUUAUUCAAGUACAAUUCAACAUUUAUAUACUUGAAGCCCCAUAUAAAACAUGAUAGAUUUUAAUAAAGUACAAUUCAACAUGUACAUGUAUAUUCAUUAAGAAUUUGGUUUUGGUAUAAGUACAAAUUUUAAGGUAUUAAGUAGUUGAUCAGGCAAGUAACAUGUGGUGUACAAUUAUUAAAUUAAUAAUCUCGAAAUAUUAUAUGAAAUUAAUGACCUAUAAGAAAUUGACCGUAACAUUUCACUUAAAUAACACAAUUUUGCUAUAAAAUUGUUUGCAAAAAACCUUGUAGUACAAUGUGAUAGUAAGCAAAACCUUAAAAUAUGUAACCAGGGUAUGUAAGUUUUAAACUUUAAUUAAAUGAUAAAUUAAACUGGAUGUGAUUAUUAGUGUUCCAUAAAUGUGUUGUAAACUUGUAAUGUCUAUCUGUAGUAUUUAUUGUUCAAAUGAAUAAAUGUCCAUUAAAAGUAUGUCGUAAUUGAUAUAAAUAAUGUGCUCAUUUCAACUAGUCAUUAAACAAGAGAUUAUUGAUAUAGAGCCGAAGCACAUGUACUUCAACUUGAGAAAAUUGAUGAAAUGUUGCGACAACGCGAUAGUUUGACCAUUAACAGGAUGACUAUCUGGUUGUAAAUGUGUACUGAUUAAUAGAGAAUAUUAUGUGAGUUUUGGAUAAAGAUCAAGUUUAUCAUGCGAGGCUUAGAACUGAGGUAGCGAGAGGCUUGCCAAAAUCUACAGAUGUGUACUUGCUGUGGUCUGUUCGGAAAAGCAAUCAUUUUUGUGCAAUAUUGUAAACUGCCAGUUUGUAAUUUCACUUUUUCCUAUUGAACAUGUUUUUGAAGUUUAUAGUAAUUGUUAUCAGGAUUUGUUCUAACUGUAUUUUGCAACAUUUGGCUUGAAAUUAAGAUGGUUGAAACUGUGAUUGAUAGUUCAAACAAACAAGUGGGCCAUGAUUUCAUAAAGCUGUCACCCAGAUUUUUGGUACAUCUAUUUUCAAAAACUUGACCGCCUUACCUUGUUAUUUACCACAUUGAUCUACGGGUAUUUUCAAUAAUGCGCUUGAUCUUGUCAAAAUAAAAUUCUUACCUUGUUCAAUCAAGAUUGAGUCAAAACUUUGGCCUAUAGAGUGAUAACAAGGUUUUUCAAAGAUUCGACCCUGUGACUUUGUUCUUUGACUGGCAUGUCCAAGAUUCAAUCUUCAACUAGAUACUUUCAAGAUAAAGCAUCUUUCUUAAUGAUUCAGUCAUGAAUGCAGCUUUGAAAGUGUUAAAAAGGUUUUUCUAUGAUUUGAUCUGGUAACCUUGAUUUGGAUGCACCAUGCAUAAAUUAUAAAUCAGGCUAGAAAUUAUGAUAAACAUUCUUAUCAAGUUUCAUGAUUUUAGUGUGUCCUAUAUAGGUUUUUCUUGUAAUAAGUUAAAAUGCACAACAUACAGUGCCCAACAUAGACGAACAACAAAAGCUUAUCAUGAGCACUUCUUGCUCAGGUGAGUUUAAAACAAAAUUAUACUUCCUUUGCUUUAAGUGACUACACUCAUUUUACAAGUUGUUUAAAAACUUAUACAACGCCAUUUAAUAAAUAAGUUCUGUCUAAUUAAAUACCUUUUCUAUGAAAUACCUGUAUGCUGUUAAUCAUGGAAUUCUCAGUUGGUUAUUUUGAUAAUGAUAUAUCGGCUUAAGCUUUGCUUGAUUUAUGUAUUAUUUAAGUCUAAUUAUGAAUUAUCAGUACAUUCACUUAGGCUUAUCUAUGUCUAUAAUUAUAUCUUUUGUUUGUUCUUUGUUUAGUAUUUGCAAAUGCAAUUUUACUGUAAAUGUUUGUUUUUAUAAGACUGUGUAUGUUAAUAACAAAUCCAAAGCAGAAAUAGCUGUGAUUUUAAGUUCAGUGUUUAUGAAAUUGAGUGUUUAGGCUGAUAUGUGUAUAAUCAUGCAAAAUUGUUUUGAUUCAAUUGAAUAAGUGAACACAACAGCCAGUCAAUGUCAGUACCAUAUAAUAUUUAAAGAUGUCUGGUGGCAACAUGAUGUCCGAUGUGCAUGCAGUUGCAAUCAGAUGCAAAAAUGUGGUAGUACGGGAAACUGGUUAUGCUUCCCAUUACCGGUAUAUGAACAAAAUGAAAAACCAGUGUACACCAAAAUAAUUUAUUUGACCCGCUUCGUCUGAAAAUGGGUGUAAUGCCAUAGCGGCCAGCGUAGCUCUAGACCAGCCUGCUCUCUCAGUCUAGACUGCAAACCUUUUGUGACUUUAUAGCCAAUAUUAAGUUCUAAUAGCCAUAGACUCCACAGGGUAGUGUGGAGCUAUGCUGGCCGCAUAUGGCAUAAGACCCAUUUUAGCAUGACAAGGUUCACUUGAAAAAUGCUGUUUGUGUACCUAAUUAUAUCUUUAUAUGAACUUGAUUGGUAAACAUUGUCCUGGUAAUUUGUUAUACAUGUUGUUUUAUAAUUAUUUGUCAUACAUGUUGUUUUAUAAUUAUUACACAUUCAUGUGAUAAUAAACAGUUAUACUGUGA